GGGUGGAACACGAAAGGGAAAAGGGUAGCGUCGAGGUGUGAGUAAGAGAAGGGCAAGGAGGGAGGAGGAAGAGGGAGUUAGUUGGUGAGUUGGAGGGAGGGAAGGAAGGAAGGAGGAAAGACGAGGAGGGGGGCUGUUUUUCAAACUGAGUUUAACUGAUUCGAGAAGGGAGCCCAAGGAAGUGGGCAAAGAAGAAAGGUGAGGAAUGAGAAUUUGGUGGACCAACCCGGGGCGGCCACCAAAUUCCCGAUUCUGAGGAGGAUUGAGAUCUGCCAUGGAGUGUCCAAUGCUUGAAGGAACGUCAGAAGACGAGACUCUAAUGUGUGCUUUCAAGAGGCGUGUGAGGCAACGAAAAGUCUUCAAAUACAGGCCUGCUGCUGAGGAGCAGGAGUCCUCUUCCCUGCAGCAGAAUCCUCUUGAGAGAGACGGAGCACCUCUCCUCCCUUCUGGGGAUACAGAGUGGUCACCCACCAAGAGGCAACGGCUUCAGAAGGGCUUACCUCCAAUGGAGGAAACAAAUGGGAGCGCUUGCCCUGGGGAAGAGGAGAGCUUGUGGCACGUGGCGUCUCCCAUGGAGAAGAAGCAGCGGAAGGUGUUGGCGGUUGACCUGGAAGACCUUUCUACAACCCAAGUGCCUGAGGAUCUACAAAGGUGCUCACCUCUACAAAAACCUGCCAUAUCACCCUGUAUAAAUUCCCACCAGCCAAUGAUCUUGAAGGAAGAUGGAACUUCCUGCUCAGCAAAGGGCCAUAGUAGUACCACAUGCAGCCCAACGUCUUCUAAGGAGGUCUCCCCACCACAUGAGGACCCUCAAGAGAAGUUGACGCAUGUGUGCCGACAGCUGUGGGCUCAGAGAUUGUCUCCUCUUCUGUGCCAUGAGUCGGACCGCCUACAAGCUAAAAGGCAGCGCCUGCAAAAUGGCAUUUCCUCGGUCAGCGGGAAUGAGGGGACGAAAGCUGUCAGCGUGGAGGGCUCUCCUUUGAGUCAAGUCUUGGAUGCCGGCGUUGGCAUGGAGCAGCUGGAGACCUCCCUACCCCCCUGUCGGAAUGACCGUCCAGUGUUGCAUAGCCAGUCUCCUGCUUCACAUGUGGAAAAGCCAAUCCCUCCUGAUCCGUGUGAGCACACCCAUCAGACAGAUGUCUCAUCAGAUGCUGACGAAGUGCCUUCUUCUUGGACCCCUGCCACGUCAACCCUCUUGCACCCUUCAGUGAUCCCACGCUUCCGAAACUGGGGCCUGGCCCCUGUUUUCCAGAGCAUGCGUUCUAAACUGGAGGCCUUCUCAGAGAUCUUCCUGAGCCCGUCCAAACCUGCUCUUCCGUCCACUAAGGAAACACCCUCCUUGCCGCUGAGCCCACAGACAGAUGAGGACCAGGCAGCGUCCCAGCCAGGAAGUCCACAGAGAGGAGUCAAUAUCGAGGUGAAAAUAGCCAUCUCAGAACCUCGUCCCCGGAAGAGAAGCUGUCACCAAGAAGAGGAGGAGGAGAUGGGCAGCAUGGCGGUGAGUGGGCGGCCGCCAAUCCGCCAGUGGCGCCUGAGUGAGGGAGAUCCGGCUCCUCAGCCCCGCCUUGGACGCAGCUAUUCCUGCCCGGAUUUCCCCAGGGCCUGCUCCUGGCAAGCCUCUCUGGUGGCCGUGUCUCCUUCCUCGCAGCUGCGACAGCGACGGCACACUGUCUGCAGUCUGGAAGUAUCCCGAGAGCUGGGCCAUCCCACGCUGCCCUGCCUCCGCAAAGAGGUGUACCCAUUCAGUACACCCCCUCCGCGAUUCUUGGUGCGCUCGUCCAAUACGGAUAGCACCUCGUACUGCUCUCCUGUGCCGUCCUGCUGCCGAGACUCCAGCCCAGUUCAUUCCAGGGACCUCUCCACUUCUCCCGAUGGUGGACAGAGGGUGCCUAGCAUUGGCCUGGAUGUAGAUGACACUGAGUUGGCUACGUCAGAACAGAUGAUGCUUUCAGAGGAUGAAAUGAAGGUUUCACAGGACAACACCACAGGGAAAGUGUCCUGCAUCAGAAUCCGCAGGACUCCAGCUAGGCAGCAAGCAAAUCUCACUCCAAUGGGACUUCCACGGCCUGUCAGGCUGAACAAGAAAGAAUUCAGUCUGGAAGAGAUCUACACAAACAAGAACUACCGCACCCCUACAGAGAAAAGGUCAUUUGAGACCAUCUUUGAGGUGCCACUAGAACGCAAUGGGGCCCUCAUUUUCACCAGCCAACGCAAGCUGAAGCGGGCUGUGGAGUUUCGAGAGGGUGGUCUUCCCCGCAAACAGCGCAAAGCCCGCACUCGAGGAGGGCGCAAGGCCGGGGGCCGGAGGGCCCAGCCCCAGCACCCUGAUUUGGAAGAACAGCUACGACAACGGCUGGCAGAGCUGGAUGCCCUGUUUGGGGAAGACGAGAGCUGAGCAAAGCCACUCUCUAAGUAGAGGGAGUUGUGGCCCUGGAAACUCUUCUCCUUCCCUCAUCCCAGAGGUGCUGUUUGCAUUUCAAACCACAAACCCACAAUUUGACCACUCCAGGCUUCUCCUGUGGCCUUCUUCAUUCUCAACUUCCCCAGACAAAUUGAUCUCUGGUGCUUGUGGCUGCCACUUUGUCCUCUAUUUAGGUAAUCAUACCACGCCAUGGAGGUGGUUGCUCUGAAAAUACCAUGCGGACAAUCACCGUACUGCCUGUGCUGGCAUCAUAUCAGCCAAAGUGAGCAAUAUUUGCAGUGUCCCAAAGUCGCCUGUUUAGUGCAUUCCGCUACUUGCGCACAACCUGACCAUUGGUGCCUUGCAUGGAGUGUUGAUCGAAUGCUAUCUAAUAUUGUGCCAUCCUUUAGAGACUUGGGCCAUCAAAGAUUGAGCCCAACUCCAUGAGAAACAUGUCUUUGUGCUUUCCACCCAAAAACAAAACAGAACAAAAAACCGAAUGCAGAAUGUAAGAAGCCCAAAGAAAUGGACAGGUAAUAACAAAUGGUCUGUUGGGAAAGAAGCAGCUGCUUGCUUAUUUUACAGGGCAGGAGAUGAUGUGCGGAGGAAAACUAGAGCUUGAAAACAUUACCCCUUUGGGUAACAGAUCCCAGAAUCCUCCAUCCCUCAUGGCGGCUAUUCCAGGAGUUAUAAUUCAAAAGAAUAAUGUUUUACACCCCCGGAAACGUGUAUAAAGAGGCCGAGAAAAGGGCCCUGUGCCCUUGCUCAUUGUUAAAACAUGGGCAGUCCACGAAUGAAAUAGACUGAAGUGCAUAAAGCUUGGAUCACUUUGCUUUGAUCACUUUGCUGGGACUGUUCAGUUAAGCAUUAAGCAUGAAGGGUGUUCAUUUGUUUGCAUUUUUAUAUUAAGCUAUAUUUCUAAUAAACGUUGCAGCUUGGUUUAAAAACAAA